UUUAGCUACACUAUUACAAUUCCAUUUUGAUCAAUUCGACUUAUGUAGUAAAACUUUUUUAAAAUGAUAGCACACAACUGUAUUUUUUUGUCAUUAUAUUUAAUACUAAUAGUCAACUUUGUAAUGAUUGAAUCAACAAAAAAAGUUUCGCCGCCAUAUUACGUCAGUCGAACAUACUCCCUUUUCUACGUUAAUACAGUGAAUACAUUGAAAACCUACAACCAGCAAGAAAUAAAAUUUAACGAAAAAGAAAUUACAACUUUGCAAACCCCUGUUCAGACCCUUAACGACACUAAAGGCCGCAAUAUUGUGUUUGAUAAAUUUUACAAGAAAAUCGAAGACAUUAAAUGUACUUGCUCAUUAAUCAUAAAAUCAAAACUGGUGCACUUGACAAAUAUUCUGGAAGGCUUGCGAAGAGGCGGAACUAUCGAAGUUGCACUAGAUGAACUUAACGUAUUAAAAGAAGAAGCUGGUUUUAUGGUUCUGCUGUUUGAAAAGGCCAAAGGCAAAGCGGGUAAAUGGUUUUGGAGUUAUUAUUUCAAAAUCAUGGCAAUGAUUGAAUAUGAGAGCAACAAAAAUUUCUUCAGGGAAACUCCUUUCGAAGAAGAGGAAUUACAAAGCGAUAUUACAAAUUAUAUAGAAUACUGCAAGAAUAACAAAUAUUUUCCCAAAAAUAAACCACAGGAUGAUUUGGUGUCGAAAAAUCCCAAUGUACCAAUUAACAUCUUUAAAGUUCUGCAAAGGUCUGUAAUUAUUGGUGUACAUUAUGCUGACAUCAUGCAGCACAUUUCGAUCGAAUAUUUGUAUCUAAAACCAUUAUGGGAUGAACACGAAUUACUGUUUGCAAAAAUAACAGGCUCAGUCGUAGAAUGGAGGCCAACGAUAAGACGCCACGCCGCCGAAGUGAAUAAAACUAAGGAAUUCAUUGAAAACCGCGAAUGGAUAUCGAAGCCGUUUGGCCACCUUACUUACCACAAGUUGAUUCAACAAAUCAUCAGUGUGAGGAUGUACACUUGUCUGUGGGUAAUGUUAGUAAUGUUCAACAAAGAAAUGCCUAAAAUGGAUCUGUUGCAUUUAAAACUUUUGUACAUGGAGUCAAUGCGAACAAUUGACACGGGACCCGAAUUCAUGCCAUAUACCGACACUUUUUAUUCUGAUGUAGUAGCAGAGUUUCGUUAUGCAAUGAAAGACAACCAAAACGUCUUUGAUAGCAUUAUUACUAGGAUAUCCGCAAGAGUUAAAGAAAUUUCAGUUGAGUUGAAUGGCUGUAAUUCAAAUGGAAGUGAUUGGAUCAGUAUUGACAUAAAAGAACCGUUGACUUAUGCUAUGAUAUUGGAAUUUCUUGGAGAAUUUAGGCAUUUCUUUAAUCUGUUAAAAGAAAAGAUAAAAGCUGUUAACUAUGAGCUUGCAUUAAGUAUGGCGGUCGAAGGAAAUUGAUAUUUUUGAGUAUAACGGAAAACCCAUUUAUGCUAGAUUCCACUAAUGGUACAGUAGGUCGUAAAAAUUUGGCCUUUUUCGUUUCUACUAAAUUCCCAAAAAAUCGUUUUCGCGUCUUUUAUUAUUUUAAUUACUUUUUAUUUUAAAAUGUGUCCAAGUACAUUAUCCUAAUGUUUUUUUUAUAUAUAAUUUUAUCUAACACACAAAUCGUAUUAUCUAUUAAACAUAACAAAUAUUUUGGUAUUGUAGAGUCCACAAAAAAAAUUGUGGACUUUAAGAAAUUUAUAUUGAGAAGGAAAAAUAAAUUCUUUAUAAGUAAUCCGUCUUGUAUGUAGUAUAAGGCUUUUAACGUUUUUCUGAAAGACUCAAAAAUAAUUUAAUGACUAUCUGUAAUAACACAGUCAAAUUAAUAUAACUAUAUCUUUGCUCUAAAUUAUUUUUUUUCUCUAUCUUAUCGAUUCAUGACCAGAUAUUUAAAUAGUUUUGCACUGUAAGAUUGUUAUUUUAUAAUUUACAUAUGAAACAUUUGGUAACUUUAUGAAUAACAAACUAAUUUUUAACUGCUGCAUUUUUAUUUUGCUUAAUUUUUGUUAUAUGUAAAACAUUGGAAGCAGUAUGAUGACGGAAAUGUACUCAAAUUGGUUUGGGUUCAUUCAGCCAUGGUCGUAUAGAAUAUUUUUAGUUUUUUUUUAUUCUUCUUUUUUAUAGUAUCUUUUACCAUCAAACAAAUUUACUAA